AUGAGUACGACAACUACUUUUGUUGGGAUUAGUGAUAACCAACGUCUCAGCAGCAGGGUUUUGAAACCGCCUGGUGGUGGCUCUUCGAUCUUCUUUGAUGACUCUGAAAACGCUGGAAGCAAGUCUACCAAAGUGCAAGCAGCUCCUGAAAAAAACGAAGAGCAGCAGUCUCCAAAUGCUGAAGUUAAUAGCGAAAGUUCUCCAUCGGUAACUCGUGAAGGAGAUGCCACUAACUCGGCCAACGUUGUCGCUGACAAAGGUGCUGAUCUAAAUGGCGCCGUUGCUAAGGUGGCAAGUUGCUCAACAACUCCAAACUCAUCAAAGCUGGACACUAAAGAUCGUCUCUUUGGGGAGGAGACAAGAAAGCAGAAUGCAAACCCUCGAGUGAGGGAUCACCAACGUAGUACUAUAUUCUUUUGA